AUGAAUGCUGGUGGACGGCGCAGGCGCAAAUCUGAAGACCAAACUGCCCGGAUGAUUGUAGAAAAUGUGAACAAUCUGGACAUCGAUGAAGACGAUUACGAUGACGGAGGGCAUUUCGAUAUAGACAGCCACGUUGAGUCUGUUGAUCUGCUUCCAUUGGAAAAUGCGCUUGCACAUCGCACUGAAAAGUAUGACGCACUGCGAGAAGGCCACCUUGUGGUUAGGAGGGGACAACCUUUCUAUAUCCUAGUGAGGUUUACUGGGAAAUUCAGUGCCAAGAAUCAUUCCGUCAGAAUUGUUUUUAAGACUGGUCCGGCACCACGGCCUGGGAAAGGCAGCCAUGUUCAAUGUCUCCUCUCAUCCAAGUCUAGCCAACAGGACUGGACAGCGGUCAUCGCCAGUAGACAGGGACCAAAUGCUCUUAAGGUGUCCAUUUGCCCUCCUGCGAAUUGCAUUGUGGCGUCCUGGCGGAUUGUUCUAGAGAGCAUCGUGGAGAGAAAUGGUCGUCCGAAGGCGUACAAAUACAUUCACCCAAAACAUAUACACAUCCUGUUCAAUCCCUGGUGUAAAGAUGAUGCAGUGUACCUCGACAAACCUGAUCUUCUGAAUGAAUAUAUUCUCAACGACAGUGGCGCCAUUUUCCAGGGAAAUUACAAGCAGAUUGGCGCGAAACCAUGGUUUUAUGGACAGUUCGAAGACGGAAUUUUGGAGGCUUCCCUGUAUUGUAUACAGAAAGGAUUUAAUUCUAAUUUCUGUCAAUCGAUGGGAGACCCGGUGAGAACUUCACGGAUUAUAUCCAAAAUGGUGAACUCAUCCGACGACGGAGGGGUGUUAGUAGGCAACUGGAGCGAGGAUUACACUGGCGGGAAAUCCCCAAUGUCCUGGAGCGGAAGUGUCGUCAUUUUAAGGGAAUAUAUGAAAACAAAACUCCCUGUCAAGUUUGGCCAGUGUUUCGUAUUUUCUGGGAUAGUAACAACAAUUUGCAGAGCUGUGGGCUUGCCUUGUCGAAGUGUUACUAAUUUUGCAUCUGCGCAUGACACAGACGGAAGCGUGACAAUAGACUUUUACUGGGAUCUUGAUCAAAAAGAAGUUUUAAGCGGAAUUGGAGAUUCGAUAUGGAAUUUCCACUGCUGGAAUGAUGUAUGGAUGCGGAGAGACGAUCUCCCUUCCGGCUACAGUGGCUGGCAGGUAGUUGACUCCACACCUCAGGAGCGAAGUGAUGGUAUGUUCCAGUGCGGACCGACCUCUCUCCGUGCUGUGAAGGCGGGAAAAUGUGACAUGCUGUAUGAUUGUCCAUUCGUCUUCGCAGAGGUAAACGCAGACAAGGUCAAUUGGACACGUGACAAAGAGAAACAAUGGAUUGUCCUUAGUAUCAAUACGGAUGCAAUUGGACGAAACAUAAGCACGAAAAUUCCAGACGGAAAACCUUUGAAACCGGAACUGACGAAUACAGACUCUAUCCGGCAAGAUAUUACAGCUGAUUACAAACAUCCAGAAGAAUCGGAGAGAGAACGAUUAUCGGUCAUUUCAGCAAGUCGGUCGGCGAUUACAAAGAAACCCGUCUACAACAAAGGAAUACAGGAUGUCCAAUUUGGAGGAUUCCUUCAUAGAGACAACGUCACCAUCGGUGAGCAGUUUGAAGUCAAAAUGACUUUUACAAACAACAGUCAAUCGCGAAGGACAUUACAGGGGAAGUUCAUCUGUGAAACGGUAUCGUACACUGGGGAGAAGAUAGGGGUCGUGAAGAGACAGGAAUUCAGCUCCCCACUGGCACCAGCUACAGGUGGAGAGAUGUCAAUGAUUGUAAGUUAUGCGGAUUAUAUCCACAAAUUGACUGAGCACGCGGCGAUGAAAGUCAUUGUGGUUGCCAAGGUAAUGGAGACUGGUCAAAUACACGUUUGGCAGGACGACUUCCGGUUGAGACGCCCUGAUCUGUCGGUUGAGAUAACCUCCGCCUCUUCGCGGACAUGGCAGCCUUUCGAAUGUCGAAUCUCUUUUCUUAACCCGCUAAACCGGAACCUCACAAACUGUACGAUGAUGGUAGAGGGCCCGGGGCUUGAUGCGGAAAAGGAAUUCAUGAUCGCUGACGUUGGUGCUGGUGAAACAUGGAUUGCCCUUUUGACCUUGACUCCAAAGAAACCGGGACGUCGACAAGUGGCUGUGACUUUCAACUGUGACCAACUAAAGGACUUGAAUGGGGUCACGGAAAUCAACAUUACGAAUUGA